UAAUGGUGUAAUCAACACUAGUAGUAAUGGAGUAAUCAGUACUGGUAGUAAUGGUGUAAUCAACACUAGUAUUAAUGGAGUAAUCAGUGCUAGUAGUAAUGGCGUAAUCAACACUAGUAGUAAUGGUGUAAUCAACACGAGUAAUAAUGGUGUAAUCAACACUAGUAGUUAUGGUGCAAUCAACACUAGUAGUAAUGGUGUAAUCAACACUAGUAGUAAUGGAGUAAUCAGUGCUAUUAGUAAUGGUGUAAUCAACACGAGUAAUAAUGGUGUAAUCAACACUAGUAGUUAUGGUGCAAUCAACACUAGUAGUAAUGGUGUAAGCAACACUAGUAGUAAUGGUGUAAUCAGUACUGGUAGUAAUGGUGUAAUCAACACUAGUAUUAAUGGAGUAAUCAGUGCUAGUAGUAAUGGCGUAAUCAACACUAGUAGUAAUGGUGUAAUCAACACGAGUAAUAAUGGUGUAAUCAACACUAGUAGUUAUGGUGCAAUCAACACUAUUAGUAAUGGUGUAAGCAACACUAGUAGUAAUGGUGUAAUCAACACUAGUAGUAAUGGUGUAAUGAACACUAGUACUAAUGGUGUAAUCAACACUAGUAGUAACGGAGUAAUCAACACUAGUAGUUAUGGUGCAAUCAACACUAGCAGUUAUGGUGCAAUCAACACUAGUAGUAAUGGUGUAAUCAACACUAGUAGUAAUGGUGUAAUCAACACUAGUAGUAAUGGAGUAAUCAGUGCUAUUAGUAAUGGUGUAAUCAACACGAGUAAUAAUGGUGUAAUCAACACUAGUAGUUAUGGUGCAAUCAACACUAGUAGUAAUGGUGUAAGCAACACUAGUAGUAAUGGUGUAAUCAACACUAGUAGUAAUGGUGUAAUCAACACUAGUACUAAUGGUGUAAUCAACACUAGUAGUAACGGAGUAAUCAACACUACUAGUUAUGGUGCAAUCAACACUAGCAGUUAUGGUGCAAUCAACACUAGUAGUAAUGGUGUAAUCAACACUAGUAGUAAUGGUGUAAUCAACACUAGUAGUAAUGGAGUAAUCAGUGCUGGUAGUAAUGGUGUAAUCAACACUAGUAGUAAUGGAGUAAUCAGUGCUGGUAGUAAUGGUGUAAUCAACACUAGUAGUAAUUGA